AUGGGUGAUAAUGUGCUUCAACUGGCCGUUGGAAUGAUGUUUCGGAAUAAAGAUGGUUUCAAGCAACAUAUGGCGUUGUAUGCAAUUGAGAAUAAGUUUUGCUUCAGAAGUCCAAAAUCCGACCAGUCGUUGGUGAUCCUAGUGUGUCAAGGGACCGGUUGCCCUUGGCGUGUUUAUGCAGCCCGGUUGAAAGAUUGCGAGGUUUUUGAAAUAAGGAAGGUUUGCAGCUAUCAUUGCUGUUCCAUAAACGACCGCGCGGGUUACCAAAAUCAAGCGACGGCUUGCGUUGUUGGAGAGCUUAUGAAGACCAAAUUUGUGGGAACCGGCGGAGGCCCAAAACCAAGGGAAAUAAGACGUAUGAUGCGUGGGGACCAUAACGUCAAUAUCUCCUACUGGAAAGCAUGGAGAUCCCGUGACUUGGCUGUUGAUAACGGGCAAGGGACGUGCAAUGCUUCAUACGUUCAGCUCCCGUACUAUCUAAACGAACUUGUCACCGCUAAUCCUGGGACGGUGGCGGAUUUACACACUGAAAGCAAUGAUCAGGGAGGGGAGCGUUUCAAGUACAUGUUCGUGGCUAUGGGGGCCUGCGUAAGAGGAUAUCAGUUCAUGCGAAAAGUAGUCGUCGUGGACGGGACACACUUGAAAGGCAAGUACGCAGGUUGUUUGCUUACGGCAUCCGCCCAAGAUGGUAAUUACCAGAUUUACCCGUUGGCCUUUGCAAUUGUUGAUAGUGAAAACGACAUGUCCUGGGAGUGGUUUUUCAAGAAACUAUCCACUUUUGUGACCAACGAACCCAGCCUGGUGGUGGUCUCCGAUAGGCAUCCCUCUAUAUUCAAGGGAGUUAGCAAGGUUUUUCCUAGCGCCGGCCAUUGUGUUUGCGUUGUCCACCUUAAGAGGAACAUUAGGUCCAACUUUAAAGGUAGCCACUUGGGAUAUCUUGUUGCAAAAGCAGCACGGGCCUAUCGCUUGCAAGAUUUCUACAAAACGUUCAAUGAGAUUAAACUUAUGGACCCGGCAUGUGCGGCUUACCUAGUCGACCUAGGCUUCCACCACUGGGCUCGCUCCCAUUUUGAUGGCAACCGUUACAACAUCAUGACAAGCAAUUUAGCCGAGUCUUGGAAUUCUGUCCUGCUUGAGGCCAGGGAAUUUCCAAUAAUCCCGUUGGUGGAUUUCAUUAGAGGUAAACUAAUGAGUUGGUUUGCCACAAGGCGUGAUGCAGCAAAUAAAAAUUCGGACAUUCUGACUCCCCGAGUUCUUCGAAUUGUGACAAGGAACUUCGAGUUAACCGGCGGGUAUGAGGUAAAAGAAAUAGCUGAGAAAGAGUAUGAAGUACGAAACAAGAUGGGAAGUAGCUUCCAUGUAAACAUUGGUACUCUCAGUUGCAGUUGUUUUGAGUUUCAGAUGCUGUCAAUCCCAUGUUCACACGCGAUUUCGGCUGCAUUGAGAGCCAAUGUUGAAGUUGACACACUUGUUACAGAAGCUUACAAGGUUGCCUUUCUCAGGCGUGCGUAUGAAGGAAGUAUAGCUCCGGUCACAGAUUAUACAACCCUCUCGGACUUGCCAACUGCUUUCUCCUCACUUCGAUUAUCACCACCUGCUACUCGUCGCCCACCUGGAAGGCCCAAGAAGCUGCGUUACUUCUCUCGGGGAGAGAAACUGGUGAAGAGCUUUCGUAGGAGAAUUGCAUGCAGCCGUUGUAAGGCGCUUGGACACAACAAAGCGACUUGCAAAAACGCGAUAUAA